CCAGGAGUCGCCAGUAACUCUUGAUUUAACCUUCUGCGAUCACAAUCUACAGCUGGGAUCUAUACUGCUUGAGCAUUACAUCUCAGAGGGUCUUAAGUCAAAACUGGGCGGCGCCAGGUCACCAUACUCGUCGAAAACUAUUUCAGAAAUUGUUCAUCAAGAGUCGCUUCACUCCCAGUUACCCGGUGUUAAAUUCAGUAAACAAACUAAACGUGCCUCCAAGAGUUUGACUGCUAUCAGUUGCCAUAGAAAAUAUCACGCAGAAGAUGCUCUGCCGUGUAAACCAACGAUCAGGCUGUCCGUAUCUGCACAAAGUCUUCCUGAAGAGCGUAAAACGUUACAAGCUAGCCGCGAUGAAUGCGGAUUGUUCGCAAUGAAUACUCUGAAUGGAUAUGUAAAAAGUGGCGGCAACAAGACGAUAAAAUGCCAUGUGUCGGAAGCCAAGGAAAAUACGUCUUCUAGCACCACUUCCGGCUUGCGCGUUUACAAAUCAGAACAUGACUUGCAACGGUCUCAAUGCUCAGAAUACACUAAAACGUAUGACAGCUUUCAACCGAGUAUUCGCCGGGAUCCGCAACAGCCCCAACCACCAGGAACUGGUCAGUCUGCAAGUGACAUUUGUGACGUCACAGACCAUGAGUUACAGAUGCCUCAUCCAAAGAUGACCAGCAACUCUGCUAGUGUAAGUCGUGUGGAUCGUGUGAACCUUUUCUCACAGUCAUUUGUAACAGCCAAAUCUGUCAGUGUCAUUUGUCAAAGUUUGGAUAGUGAGUUUAAACCAAGUGCUACAGUCAAAUCUGAAAGUGUCAUUUGUCAAAGUUUGGAUAGUGAGUUAAAAUCAAGUGCUACAGUCAAAUCUGAAAGUGUCAUUUGUCAAAGUUUGGAUAGUGAGUUUAAACCAAGUGCUAGAGUCAAAUCUGAAAGUGUCAUUUGUCAAAGUUUGGAUAGUGAGUUAAAAUCAAGUGCUACAG